CGUAAACAAAUCACUCCGGCUCGACAAGGGCAGUGCGCGCUAUCGUUCCUCGCCACUCACCAAUCUCACCAUUGACUUACGUAAAUGAUUAAGUGCGCGUCGCGUGCGAUUAACGUCGGGAGUACCGUGCAAAGUGCGCGAUCGUCGCAUACUGCAGCUGAUUAGCGCGCGCGCGAGCGCGUAAUUAACCUUAUUUUCGCGAGUGUUACGUGAGUAGCGGGACAAAGCAGGUACGAAGAAAUCUAACCUGACUGAGAGGAAGAGCAAGUCUUGGAGGCAUCGGGCGGAACAAUCCUUUACCGACGAAGUUACCAAUGCAGUUACAACUCCGCUCAUCAUAUCCAUGAUGGCGACGUCGAGGCCGUGGUGCGCGACGGGCCGCAGCAGCGGGAAUAGAUAAGGCAGCGAGGGGCAGCGCGCCGUGCCAGUCAUGUGUAGUGUCAUGUGGCUUCUUCGGCUCCUGACGAUCUAUCGCUUGGCUCACCUCUCGGCAUCCGGUACGCAGACAGAACUGCCUCUGGCGACGGACUCGAUUUCGACGAAAUCGACGACGGCGGCAAAGCGAUCUGUGCCGACGGAUGCACCAAUGCUGAACUACAUCUUUGACACGCACAGCACUUUGAACAAGCAUCAGCAUCAUCACGAUCACAAAUGGGGCCCUCACUUCGAAGGCGAGAGCUCCAACAUUACCGUGCAGGCUGGUGCUAGUGUCACGCUUGAUUGUAGGAUAUCGUUGCUGCAGGACAAAACCGUAUCCUGGCUGCGACGACAGGAGAGUGGCGAGAUGAGUCUGCUGACAGUGGGCCAGCAGACGUACACGGGCGACUCGAGAUACACCAUCGAAUUUCAGUACCCGGAUAACUGGCGUCUGCGUAUCAAGCGUGUUAACAGCAGCGACGAGGGCCAAUACGAAUGUCAAAUCAGCACCCAUCCACCGAAGUUCAUUCAUGUCAACCUACACAUUAACGCGCCGUCCGUCCAAAUAGUGGACGCCCUUGGCGAGCCACUGCGGGACAAGUACUAUGAAGCUGACAGCACCAUCGAACUAUUGUGCGUCGUGCGCCAUAUAGCGAUGCAGGUGCAGUACAGCGUCGUCCAGUGGCUCCACGGCAAUAGAGUGUUGAACUACGAUACGACGAGAGGCGGUAUCAGCGUGAAAACGGACCUGAUGGAAGAGGGGGCCAAUUCGACUCUCAGCAUAGCUAAGGUCGGACCUACGGAUAGCGGAAAUUACACCUGCCAGCUCACCACCAUGCCGGACCAACCCGCCACAGUUCACGUGCACGUUUUAAACGGAGAAAGUUUAGCCGAGUUACAUCAUAGCGGUGCACGGCUCGUACGAGCGGACGCCGCUAGCUCGUCGCUAUUCUUCCUGGCCGCCGUUCUAGCCCGAUCGGGUCAGGUGCUCAGAUGAAGGCUCGACCAGCUUCCUCGGGUAUCACUAGAGCCGCCCGGGCUGCCGAGAGAGCACUUCGUGGCGAUGACAAAGGGACAGUGCUCCACGAUGGUGAACGAAACAUUAUCACCUGUGAACCGCACGAACUUUUCUAUUAUCGUGACGGGAGUGGACACGAGGGCCAAAGAGGGACGUGUGUUACGUUAACAUAAGGAAGGCGUUAGGCGAAACAGAGGCGGUUGGCUGCGUUGUCUUGAAAACGUUCGUAUUCUAAACGCGAUAACGCAUGGAUCGCUCGGCGUUCGCGUGAUUCGCGCGAAUCGCGAAAAAUGAUAUACCUUCGUCAAUUCUCAGCGCAAUUUUAUUAUCGAGCGAUUGCACACGGGAUUUAAAUUUUCCACGCGGGGAUAGAUGCCUCAGCGAACGACCGGUUUUAACGUCUCUCCAGCUAAUUAAUUCACAUCCGAAAGCUGAUGGUAUUAUGUACCUACUCGUUUAUAAGAGUAUUACGGAUUUAGUUAUUUAUUUAUUAGCGAGUAAGUCGCUAAUGCGCCAAUGUCCCAUUUUUAGCUCGGCUCGUUCGAAUUUCGCUUCCGUGAAAUUCCAUCAGGGCGGGCUUGAAUAUUUCUGUGCGGCGCACAUCCAACAAGAUGUACGCGCGCGUACCGACUAAAUUACCGCAAGCACAGCACGCUGCUUACCAGAUGCGAAGCAAAUUAUUCGGUCAUUGUGAAACGAUACGACGACGCUGUUAACACAUCGAUCGUCGCUGUUCAGCGCGCGUUUGAUUACUCGAUAUUAACAUCUCGCCGAAGUUAUCGUAGGGCAGUCGCCAGCUCUCUCGCUAGCUAGAAAUGACCAAGGCUACAGUAAAAUCAUAAAUCUGCGUAUCGAAUAACCAAUAACCGGUAAACAAUGAAGGCUCGGGGCACAAACUGCUAACCGAGCUAUUGGAGUGGCUGCUAUCGCGUAUCACUAUGGCUGUGAUAAUCGAGACAAAUUGCGCUGUUCGAUUCGGCCUCCAUCCAUCACUAUUCGCACCAUUAUAUUACAAAAUUCUCCGUAUCCAUCCGAGCGUUUUUUUUUUAAGCGCGGAACGAGUGCGAGGAUUCACACGGGACUCGCAAAUUUUUCAAUUAACAGGAUCACGAGCUUCCAUCGUUUCAUCCAAUAGUAUUAUUUUAUUAUUGAUAAUUAAAAGGCAUCAAAUUUCUCGUCGACGACAUCGGCUAUCGACCGUAUCCAUGCCGGAGACUGUCGCCUAUUGUCAAGGUUUGUUGAAUAUUUCGAGAUUAUUUUAUCAAUGAAUUAUUAUUGUUAAUUAUAAUAUUAAUACAAUAUGGCAUAUAUAUUAUAUGCGCUGUAAAUUAAUGAUUCUAUGGUAAUGAAUUAAUCUAUGGUAAAUUAAUUAAUCUAUGGUUCUUUAAUGAAAGGUGCUAAGGGGAGAAUGAUUAAACGCACACAUUGCGCAUCGACAUUGCGUCUUCUUACUAUAUCAGUGCCGUUCUUUGCGACAGGGUGUUAUUGUAUUGUAUGUUUGUAUAAAUUCGCCAAGAUGCAUUCAGAUGAUGUAUUUUUUUUUAGCUCGCAGCGUCUGGAAACAAAAUGUUUUAUAAUUUUAUAAUUUAAUCUGCCUCUCAUAAUUACAUUAUCUCACACAGCAAAAUUUAAAACACAGCUUGUCAAGACAUCAUCUGAAUGUAUGUUGUACAGUGAUGAAGGUACGCUUGUCUUUCAUGCAGCCAACCAAAUCUCCAUGCUAUGAAUGAAUGUGUGUGUGAGAGAGAGAGAGAAAGAGAGAGAGAGAAAGAGAGAGAGAAAGAGAAAAGAAGAGAGAUUACGCGCUAUAAUAUAUAAAUUUAAGCCGAACCUAACGUUUUAUCGUGAGAAAAACGAAAUCACGUAAUAUACGAUAUGCGUUUUACAAGAA